AUGUCUUCUGCCAGCUCCCUCCCAGCCCCCUCUAGGGGCGCACGCAUUCUCCGGACGAGAUUGGUGCUGUUGGGCCUUCCUGGCUUCAUCGCUCUGGUCUUGCUCACAAAUGCAUUCUACAGACGCGACGUCUCGUCGCAGCCCAUCAAUGACAGCGCGGCAUUAGCGUCAGAUGCGGCUCAGGAGGACCUACGUCGUGACGAGUGCUGGGCGCAGUGGUUCAGAGCAGGCACCAUUUGCAAGCACCCGCCUCGAGCAUGGUCACGGCAGGACAAGCUCGAUCUGAUAUGGGUCUGGAGCAACUCCAGCUUGCGCCCGCACGGCGACGAUGCAUCAUCGGACCUGCUCAGAUAUUCUUGGAGAUCAGCUCAGCAGCACAUGCAGUCUGGCUUUGGUACCGUCACACUGCUCACACCCGAUGCUGACGUUGGCGCCGCAGCAGCAGCUGCUGCUGCCGAAAGUGGCGCAUGCACCAACGCCUACCAAGACGAUCGAAGAGCCAUGUACUCUGGCCAACGUCCCUGCUGGCUUGCACCAUCAGAUCCAGUCUAUCGACCUCCCUCACUACUUCAUCACCGUCAAGUCGCAUGCUCCGAGGGCAGCGAUCUGUCCAGCGACGCUUGCUCGAGCGCCUCCAUCGUCGGUGCAUCGGCAGCGGCGUCCACCUCCAUGCUGCUUGCUGCGCAGGCACCGCAGCUCUCCGACGUCCGCCUCGUCACAGCAUCGCAUCACAUCUUUGCCGAGCCUGUCUCUUCUGCCGACUUUUGGAACCCUUUGUACGGUCUCACCUUUCGCAUCAGCGCCGAUGCGUCACAGGUAGGCGACAUGGCGUCCGCUCCCGUCGCUGGGACCGACGACGUUCCAAUCUUUCGUGCCAACACCCUUCUCGAUCACAGAUUCGGCGCACGCAGUCGUAGGAAGCUUGUCGAUCUUCCUCUGUCCAUUUCGAAGCCUGUGCUCUUGGAGCUUCAGCAAAUCUGGCCCAAAGAGCUCAGCUCGAUCCAGCCAACCGUCGAUCUGGCCUCGUUGCACGCCCACUACACGAUCGAAAGGUUCCGCGAGGCUCUCCUCUGGUCGUUCCUCGUGGCGAAACAUGACAUCGACGGCGAUGGCGUCUACUCGGCUCAGGAAGCCUCGGCCUUGCUCCACGAUCUAGGGCUCAAGGAUCUCAGCAAACCCACUUUUCCACCCGUAUACACCCCAGUGCGAACUACCAACGACGAAUCGACCGUGGCCAAGAACUUGGAACGCGCCGGUCUCUACGUCCGUCGUUCGCACCAAUCUAUGCAGAGCUCCAUGGACGGUAGCGCAAUGUACAGACCCCGCGUAUCAGACGAGGAACAGGGUUCAGCACUAUGUCAGGUUCAUUCGGAUUGCGUUGCGCCGCUGCUUCAGUCGACUUCCAGCAAAGUCAGGCCGAGCGUAUCGGAACUCUUCGGGCACAUAGUCCAACAGAAAACGGCGUGUGGAGACUGCAUGCUGCUGCAUCUUGUAGGGCAGUCUGGGAAGCAAGGUCUAUCCGCCUUCUUGCCACCACCGGAUCUAGUCAUGCCGUCUCUUACCACUUUGCCGCUGACGUCGACGUUCAAGGACUCUGACUUCUCCAUCAAGCCUUUCUCGGCUGGGAAAGAAGCCAAGCGCCUGGACGUCGUGACGGCUCUGUUGGCUCGCUAUGCACACUCGGUGAUUUUGAUAGAGCCUCACAUCACGCCUACCAUGGCGAAUCGCUCAGCCACCGCACUCGACCUCACGUAUCUGGAGUUAUCCUCGUCAUCCGCGGUCUCGUUCAAGCAGCACGGUCCGCCCUCGGACCCACACCAUGACGAGGAUCCCUGGAUCUGGACGAGAUACGUACGCGCUUGGCUUGGCACCAGGUUCCCCUUUGCUAUGCGCUUCGAGUCACCCACUACCGAGCUAUGA